GCCACAGUCGCUGCCACAGACAAAACAUGCUAUUGGCCAACGAUGUGGCAACCCUAGGGGGCAACACUUUCCCUAUCUGGACCACAUCAACAACUACAACAACAACAUCCACAAAAAAUCAGUACAAGUACAAUCCAAAGAUUUAGCAAAACACUCGCAAUUGACACUCGAAUAAACAAGAAUUAAUUGAAAUUUGAAAACCAACAAAAUGAAAUUGUGGAAAUCUAAGAAACCCAUUGGCGGCUGCGUGCCUGGCAAGUCCAGCGCCUUGAAGCAGGAACAGGAGCUUGCCACCAAGUUGCAACAACAACAGCAGCAACAGCAACAACAUCAACAGCAACAUGAGAGCAACGGAAUUGCGAUGGCGCCCAUGUUAUCUGUUGACCGCGCAAUGAGCCCCGCACAAUCUGAAGACUCCGGUUUGGCACCGGAAAGGGGCACAACCUAUGCAACGAUCACACUGCCACGCAACGCCCUCCAUUUGGCCAUCAAUUUUGCAGAGCGCAACGAUCUAUCCUAUCCACCUGUUAUCGGAGCCCUCAACCCAGUGGGUCAUGCGGCCGACUUUCUGGCGCCGGGUGAUCGAUUACAUCAGAUCGAUGGCAUCUCAACAAUUGGGCUGAGCAAUCAAAAGAUCAUGAACAUGCUGUGCGCUGGAGUUGGAGCUGAUCCGUCACCAGCUAUUGUGGAGAUUGAAUACUCGUUGCCAGAAUGCACAGUUUCCCAAAAUAGUCUGUAUGUUACCUCGAAACUGGCACAGAUCACCGUGGAGCGGGAGAGUGGUUGUCUGGGCCUAACGCUGAGGGGCGGUGCCGAUUAUCCGCUGAUCGUAACACACGUGAGACUUCAUGGCCCCGUCUAUAAGACGGGUCGCAUCAAGCCCGGCGAUCGUUUGUUGCGCGUCGAUAAUAUCUCACUUAUUGGGAAGACACUUGCUGAGGCACAACAGAUCAUUAAAUGCGGCCACGUUUCCGGUUAUACCAAUCUCACCAUUGAGUACGAUGUAUCCGUUGUUCAGAGUGUAGAGUUCUCCAUGGGGCCGCUACUCAUUGAGAUCGAACGUCCCAUGAAUGACAAAUUAGGCCUUGUGCUCUGCAACUACAACAGCUCCGGCUCCAGUUCCGCCGGAACCACUUCCAGCACCGACAAAAUAGACGAGGUCACCCAAUCGGGCAUAUAUAUUGCCAGCAUACUACCCGCCAGUAUUGCCGAUCGUUGUGGCGCCUUAUCAGUUGGCGAUCAAGUGCUCUCCAUUGAUGACACAAUGAUCGAGCACACAGCCUACAGUCCCGAUGAGGUAAUGACCAUAUUGGACACGAGCACAGGACGGGGCUACACACAGAUGCAGAUAAUGCCAGCACAUGCGCUUGCCCGACGUGGUCACACUGCGCUGGGCAGUCCCAAGUAUAGCUUCAGCACGCUGGAGUCACGCAAAUCCACGGGCAGACAACGUCCACGAAUCGUGCGCAAGAGCUCGUUGCCCCUAGAGGCAAAUGGAGGAGGAGGUGGGGGAGGUGGCGGUGGCAAUGCUAAUGGAAAUCCCAGCCUGGGUCUGUGUCGUGCCGAGAGUUUUCCGGUGCUGCUCGAUUGCAGCCAGGGAUCAGGCAUUGUGCUGGGCAAUUCAUUGCCUGUGAUCAUUGCCCAGAUCCAGCCGGAUUCUGUGGCGGACCGCAGCGGUUGCAUCCAGCCGGGAGAUCGCAUUGUGGCCAUCAAUAAGAUGUACAGUCUGGAUGCGAUUGCGAUGCGUCAACUGCUGGAGGGCAGGAGCAAUAAUGGAGCUCCAACUGCCGCCAAUUGGCUGGAGUUGGAGGUGGAGUUCGAUAUGCCGGAUGCGGUGGUGCCCUCCAGUGGUGUCUUCAAUGUGAAGCUGCUGCGUGCCGGCAAAUGUGGAUUGGGAGUCAGUGUGAGUGGGUCAAGUCAUGCGGGUCUUGUCAUCUCCGAUGUCAAAAUGGGAAGUCCAGCGCAUCGCUGUGGUUCGCUGCGACCUGGCGAUAUACUUCUCGCUGUGGAUCAGCAUCCCGUGCAGCAUUUCAAUGUGGAUGCCCUGCUCAAGGAGUUGCCCACGCCGGCGGCAAGUGCGGAUUUCACCACACUAACCAUCAAGCGGGUGGUGCUGCCCGACUUUCUGCCCAGCCCCAUCUACAGCAAUUGCACCACCGCCGUUCCGGGUGACAAUGAGCUCUACAGCAGCGCCUAUGUGGCAUCCAAGUAUGCGGAGGUCAAGUACAACGAUUGCAUCUCCCUCAAGUCUAGCACCCCGCAACCAGACUACUUUCGUGCUCCCAGCCUCGAUGAAACGGGCAGCCUGCAAUCCGUCCAGCUGCGACAUCCCAGCACGGCUGCCAAUGCUGCCUGGACGGGGGUCAAUAGUUGCUCCAACAGUCGCUCCUUUGCUGCGCCACCAAACACACAGAGCCUGACCACAGAGCUGCCCGAGGAGGAUGACGAGCAGGACGAACAGGAGACGCAUCAUUACGGUGGCUAUGAGCUCAAUCGUUAUGCCAGUGUGGAUUGCACCGCCUUGCCACCGCCCAUGGAGAACAAGGUCUAUGGAUCGGCGGCCAGCUCGAGCAGCAAGAGCAGCGGCAGCAGCCUGCAUCAGAUCAUCUUCACGGUGCGUCUGGAGCCCAAGGGCGGAUUGCUGGGCAUCACUUUGGCCGGCAGCGAGGACAUAACCAAACCCAUUACCAUCAGCGGUUUGGUCGAGGGCGGCAUUGCGCAUAAGAAUGGACAGAUCCAUGUUGGAGAUCAACUCUUGGCCAUUGAUGAGCAUUCAGUGCAGGGCAUGCCACUGUCGCAUGCCACCAGUCUGUUGCACAAUCUGGGUGAUCUGGUGGAUCUGAAGAUACUGCGCAGCCAUGACAUCAGCAAUGCUGCCUCUAGUGGUGCAGCUGGCUUGCCCCAGACUCAGGCCAUCUAUGCCAAGGUGCAACGACGUCCUCGCAGUCCCUCGGCCAACACAGAGGCCAGCAACAAUAAUAACAACAACAACAGCAAUGCAAGUGGAGGCAAGGACCAACAGCAGCGCAUCUUUCACGUCACACUUUACAAGGAUAAAGUCUACGAUGACUAUGGAUUCUCCGUCUCCGAUGGACUUUACGAACGUGGAGUAUUUAUCAAUCGCAUUCGAAGCGGCGGCCCAGCGGACAUGUGUGGCCAACUGAAGCCCUUCGAUCGGAUUAUGCAGGUUAAUGAGAUGAAAACGCAGGAUUUUGAUUGUUGCCUCACAGUGCCGUUGAUCGCAGCUGCCGGCGACAAGAUCGAGAUGAUCAUGCAACGUUCGGAGUGAAAAACUAACGAUCUAAAAGAUUUAUUCUGUUUUGCAAUUCUUUUUUUUUUUUUUUGAGAUAAUUUUUAACUAGUUGUAUCUUAAGUCUUAGCACUAAGCUAAGUGUCAUUUUUGUAUCUAACUUAUGUCACAUUUAGACGGUUAGUCGAAAGUAACCUGUAAUCUUUAAUAUAUAUAAACUGUAAUCUGUAAUCUGUAACUCGUAAUCCGUAAUACGUCAUUGAACUGCCCGGGAUAUGCCUUAACUCUGCGGAAUUAUAACGACAAUAAGUUGAGCUCCACCCAAGUGCCUGCAAACAUCGACCACCCCCGCCUUGCCGUUUACCAUAACCAAAAAUCAUCUUACAUCUUUACAUAGCUC